GGACAGUCGGAGAGUCUCAGUCAGUGAAGAGGACGAACUCCGUCAAAGCUCAUGGAUUUGAAGAGAGUGCUGUCUUUCCCACCGUACCCAGGAGUUUACUUACAUCCAGUGGUGUACGCCUGCACAGCAGUGAUGCUGCUGUGUCUGCUCAUCUCCAUCAUAACUUAUAUCGUCCAUCACAGUGUGAUCCGUAUUAACAGGAGUGGCUGGCACACACUGCUCAACUUCCUCUUUCACAUGGGACUGACGUUUGGAGUGUUUGCUGGAGGCAUCAACCAGAUCAACUUACCAUUUGUUUGUCAAAUUGUGGGUAUUGUGCUCCACCAUAGUUCUUUGUCUGCAAUGCUGUGGCUGACAUUCAUGGCUAGAAACAUCUGUAAUGACGUGUCCAGAGACCCACUACGGGCUCCAAGGAGGAAUGGUCCAGCCCAGACAUGCACCAAACCCACCAUCAUCAGCUUUUACCUCGUGAGUGAUGGUGUUCCUCUCAUAAUCGUCAGUGUUACAGCAGCAUUUGGAUUGGAUAACUAUGGGAGCAGGGAUGACGCUUUAUAUUGCUGGGUGGCAUGGGAACCAAGCCUGGGGAGUUUUUAUGCCCCCGUGGCUCUUUUAGUCUUCGUCAUUUUGGUCUAUUUUCUGUGCACCUACAUUCAGCUGAAGCGCCACUCGGAGAGGAAGUACGAGCUGAAAGUGCUGAUUGAGGAAGAGCAGCAGUUCUCCUCCAUUGAAUCCAGCCAUCAAGCUCGCACCGAACCCAUGGCAGCUCCCGGAGACUCGGCUUUUGCUGCAGGUGUAUCAGUACUGGCCAAUGAGCACUCGUUUAAAACUCAGCUUGGGGCCACAGCUUUCACACUUUUUCUCUUUCUGGCUACCUGGGCUUUGGGGGCACUGGCAGUGUCACUGGGCCAUUUCCUGGAUAUGAUCUUCAGCUGUUUGUACGGGGCUUUCUGUGUCACUUUGGGACUAUUUCUUCUCAUCCAACACUGUGCCAAACGUGAUGAUGUUUGGCAUCGUUGGUGGGCCUGUUGUUCCUCCAAGUCAGAGGGUUUGAAUGGAAGUGGACAGAAACAAGAGGUCCAUCAACCGCAGGUGUGCUGCCAUCUCAACGCACCAUGGUCAGGCGAGCAGCUACUGUCCUCACACCACACUGUACAGGCUGCAAGUAACAAAAUUCCACCAGCUCCUCAGAGCCCAGCUAUGAGUCCAACGGGCCAAGUGCCUUCAAUGAACCCUGGUACGGAACCCUCCACAUAUCCACCAUCACUUCCUGAUGAAGUUCCUUGUCCCACACUUCCUCUCCAGCGCUACUUCACAGACAGAACAAAGUCGCACUCAUUUAACCAGCCACGACCCUACCUCCAGGACUACCAUUCACGCUUGACGUCUACCAGUAUGGAUGGCAGUGUGCACAGCUCGCACUUGGACAGCCCUUACUCUGCACACCGCUACAACAGCUCAGCCCCCGUCUCCACCAACCCACUCCCCGACCUCCAACUGCGGUGCCCUAGCCCUCAUCUGGAUAAGCUUCCCUCUUGUCACAGCUUGCAAAGCCAGACUUCCUGGCACAGUGUACAAGACCCUCUUACUUCCUGUCACAACCCCACCUAUGACAUGCAAGACAGCAUGUUUUCUUGCCAUGGUGUGUUCCUGCCUUCUCACGGGGUCCACACCUGCCAGUGGCACACUUACGGUGCUCCCUUAACUGAUCAUUCUUCCACCAUAAGCUGCCGUGAGAGGUCUGAGCCCUUAAACAUGCCGUAUCUCCAAGGUACGGGUGGAUACGCCAACAUCCCAAAGACCGCAGACAAAGAUUGUCUGUGCUUGGAGGCAGAGCAAAAGGGCUUCCCAAGAAACACUUUGCCUCGCCAGCAUGCCACCGUUGGCCAGCGAAGCGUGAUCACCCGAAACAGGAGUCUGCAGGAAGAUGCUCCGUUUAAUUCCGAUGUGGGAAACGUGUGGACUGGGCCUUGGAAAAAUGAAACCACGGUGUAGUUUUGUUGUACCUACCAGACCUCCCAGCAGCCCUGUAGUCAGAUUACACUGCCUUCAGCUUUAUUUGAAUUUUU